AUGUUUAACCCAAGCAGUAAAAAUAAUAACGAUAAUAAUGAUAAUGAUAAUAAAGAUGAUAGUAAUAUAAAUACUGAUAUAAUAGAUAGGGAUUAUAAAAAUGAUAAUAAUGAAAAUUCUGUAAUAUUAGUAUCAGAAAAUAAUAAUAAUAGCAAUAAUAAUAAUAAUAGUUAUAAUAAUUUAAAAUCAUUUUUAUUUAUACAUAAAGUAAAUAAAGAUGUAAGUUAUCUAAAUUUAAUAACAAGUUAUUUAGGAUCGUUCCUGAGUAUUUGUUUUCUUGUUUUUAUAAAUGUUGCACAACCAUAUAUUUUAAACUCAUUAAAUAUUAGCGAUGAUCGUCAAGGUAAUGUUAGUGGUAAUAUAUCAUUUUGUAAUGAAGUUGUAAUUGUUUUAGCAUCAUAUCUUUGGGGUAUAUUGAGUGAUAAAGUAGGAAGACGUAUAGUUUAUAGUGCCGGUAUGUUUAUAAUUGGUAUAGGUUUAGCUAUUUAUCCAUUCGCAAAUUCAAUAUUAUGUUUAAUGAUCUUUAGAGUAGUGUUUGCAAUUGGUGCCGCAUCAUGUUCAUCAAUGCUUUCAGCUGUAUUGGCCGAUUAUAUACCAUUCAUAGACAGAGGUAAAGCAAGCGGUUUAUUAGGUUUUUCAGCAGGUGGUGGUGCAGUAUUAGCAUCUUUAGUAUUAUUAAAAAUACCAGAUAUCAUCAAUAACAAUUCUAGUUUAGGUCCUUCUAGAUCCACAGAGUUAACAUAUGGUAUGACAGCUGGUUUAGCGGUAAUAGGUUCAGUUAUAUUGUUCACAUGCUUACAAUGGAAAUCGAAAGAGUCAUCAAUCGCAAAUAAUGAUAGAAAGAGUAUUUUAACAAUAGCAUUGGAUGGUCUAAAAGCUGGUAAGAAACCAUUGCUUUCAUUAGCUUAUGGUUCUGGAUUUUUAGCUCGUGGAGACAGUGCCAUCGCCACCACUUUUCUUUCAUUAUGGAUCUACCAAUAUACUCUAUCUGUAAAUGGUGGUAAUAAAACAGAUGCCCUCUCUAAAAGUGGAACCAUCUCUGGCAUUGCUCAAACUUGCGCCUUGUUUUUCGCUUUGUUUGCUGGCUUCCUCUGCGAUCGUAUGAAUAGAAUUUUCGCUAUGGUCCUUUUGGCGUUGGUUGGUUGCUUUGGUUAUUUCCUUUUAGCAUUCAGCGAAAAUCCUUUAACCACUCAAUUUUUUGUAGGUGCUUGUAUUAUUGGAUGUGCCGAAACAGGUAUGGUAGUUUCAUCAACAGCUCUAGUCGCUCAAGAGUCUCCCAUUGAAUUACGUGGUUCGGUAAGUGGUUUCUUUGCUCAAUGUGGGUCACUCGGUAUUCUUGUUGCCUCAUUAUUAGGUGGUGUUCUCUAUGAUCAAUGGAAAGGUUUCCCAUUUGCUCUAUUUGGUGGUUUCUCUGCUAUCCUCUCCAUCUGGGGUUUAAUAAUAUUUUUUAUUACUCAAUAUCAAUCAAAUUUAUCUCCAAUAAAUGGUUCACCAUGCCCUAAAGCUCCAUCUGUAGACCUGAAAAAAGGUGAAUGUGACAGUAACUUUUUUAUUAUGCAAGGUCCAAAGGUAAUAAUUCACAAUUUUUACAUGUAUACAGAUAUUAAAUUUCAACCUUUACCAAUUUCAAAAGCCUAUGAGGGUGGAGUUUUACAAGUAGAGCUAGAUUACGAAACAACCUAUAAUAUUACAUUCGAAAAUCCUAAUUGUCCUGAUGGCCGUCAGGGUGAAGAUGUAACAACAAAUAGUGGACCAAGAUUAAAAAUUACACAACCAAAAUGUAUGAAUUCAUUUUCAACAAUCGAUUUCGAUGAUGGUGAGGAUCAACCUAACAACCAAAGAACCUUUCAAAUUAAUGGUGGUACCGUUCUAUUACCACACGAAAUUAAAUUUGAUGGCACUGAUGAAAAAAAAUUUUAUACAUUUUUAGAUGGAAGAACUGAAUGCCAAGCUAGUUUUUACUUGUAUCAAGGUGGCAAUCAAGGUGUACCAGAUAUUCAAGUAUUCCCAGCUACUUGUGGCAGUGGUGGUAGAAUUCUUUUGCUUGGUAGUGGCGAAUAUUCAUCGGUUGCUUUAUACAAUUCAUUAGACUCGAUUAUUCCUCCAACUACUAAUAUUGACAACUUUGAAAAUUUAAAAUCAGGUGACUAUUAUUUUGUCUUAGAAUCAAGUGCUUGUGGCAAACAACGUUUCGAAAUAAUAGUUCCAACUGGUAUGCCAGAAUAUGAAUUGACUCUUUUCGAUGACUCAUGCCCUAUCUCACCAAUUUAUGAAAUGUCUGUUGAUGGCUACGAUUUUACUGUUAUAGUUAAUGGAAAUAGAGUCAACAGCACCUUCACCAGAACAUUAGGCCAAUCAGUUGAGGUCGAAAUAUUAAAAUGUGGUACUUUUAAUGUUCCUUUUAAAGAUAUCGCUUCGAUUCCCCCAAUUCAUUAUAGUAUUUCAGAGACCAACUUUUGUCAAGAAACCGCCAUUCUCCAUUAUGAUCCUGAUGUUGUUGGAGAUAUUACCAUAGAAGUAUUAAAUACAAAUACCGGCCAACCAUCAACUACCCAUCUCGAGAGCGAUAAUUCAUUCACAGUAAAUGACCCAAGUAUGUUUAUCUACAAUGUUAAAUCUGAAUGCUAUUCAGAACCUAUCAAAAUUUUAUCAGUUAAAAGAGAGCCAAACUUCGUAAUUUCAAAUAAAACAAACUAUUGUAAUGAAUUGGUUGAUAUCACAGUUACAAAUUAUUUAGAUUUUAAAGAUAUUUACCUUUAUCUUGGAGGUGAAUAUAUUUAUCCAGUAAAUGGUGUUUUUAAACAAGUCCUAAAUCAACGUUAUUCACUUUAUUAUCAGCGUUUUGGUUUUUGUAAUUCAGAGAGUCUUUCAAUUAAUGACCAUAUCAAUAAAGCCAAUAUUUAUGUCAAAUCAAAAAUGUCCAGCGACCCAAAUUGUUUAUCCGAAUCAACGGUAUUUAAUAUCUCUAUUUUCGAUGCUUUUACAAAUCAAUUUAUUGUUUCUAUUAACCAGAGUGUUUCCCAAUAUUCUUUCCCUGAUCAACAAUACACAUAUGAUUUGGCUGGUGCUAAUAAACUUUAUUGCAAUGCAGUCUUUAAAUUUGAUUACGAACUAACUAAACCACAAAUAAUAAUUGAAACUUUAUCAAAGCCAAUUUGCAAAUAUUCCCAAGAUGGUGGUAUUAUUAUAAUUACUGGUUCAAGAGAAAUACAAGAUCUUUAUGUUGAUAAUUACCCUAAAACCCCUGGGGCACCCAUUGAGGUUUCAGCCGGUAACCAUUCAAUUACUGGUAUAUUCAAAUCAUAUUGUGGUGACUUUGAAACCUAUUAUUUUGUUGAUUCGCAGUUUCCAAGUUUUAAAGUCGAAUAUGACAUAACACCAGUUUCAAACUGUAUCAACGGUGAUGGUAACAUUGCUGUAAAAGACUAUUCAAAAUAUGCAUCAUUGGAAAUAGAUGGAGCCCCAUACAGCGGAGUAAAUAGUCAAGACUACUCAUCAAAAAACUAUAAUGUAUCAUUUUCAAUUGAUUUAGGAUCAUCCCAAAUUUGCAGAGGCUUUGAAAUGGUUUUUCUACCAACUUCAAUCGCAAUCACUCCAUCCUAUAGAAUAGUACAACAACCAUUAUGCGAUGAAGAUGAGCAAGAUACUAGCGGUGUUGUUGUUAUAGAUUAUAUAAAAAAUAAAAAUGGACAAGAAUAUCCAAUUGAAUUUACCAAUGGAAGAGAAAGUUCCUCUAUGGACGGUCUAGCUCCAGGAAUGAAUGAGUUGAAUGUUGUUAGUGGCUCUUGCAGCUGGAAUAUUCAAGUUAAUGUGCCAGUAGCCAAUGUUACCAUUACACCAGUUCUAGAUUUAUUCACUGUUAAAGAGUGCAAUAGCUAUUCCCGUUAUAGAUUAGAUUUUAAUAACGAAUACGCAGCACUCACUUCCUCAAGCGAUGAAAACACCGACCCAUUAACAAAAUUUUAUGUAACAGUGGAUUCAUUCGGAACAAAAACGGUAGGUGUUAAUUAUGGUAGAAGAUGUUUUAAAUAUAUUACCCUUGAGGUUAAUUAUCCAAAAUUACCACAAAUCAAAUACACUAUAACUUAUAAUGGCGAACCUGGUUGUGCAUCCUCAAUUAACAUACAAGUGGAAGAUUAUAAAAAAUAUGAAGUAUUAAAAUAUGGAGACGCAGCAAUUAAUCCAGAUGGAUUCUUUUCAAAUGUUAUUCCAGGUCAAUAUCUCUAUUACAGAUUAUUUAAUCUAAGCUGUACAAUCCCCGAACUAAUUAUAAUUGAUGAACAACCAACCAUUAGCAGAUCAACAGUAAAUGAAUCAUGCAACGAAGCCUAUACAGGUAAACUUAGUGUGCUCGAUGCCGAUAAAAAUAAUUACUACUAUUUACUUCAGAAUAUUGAUAAUAGUUACGAGAAUGACUUCUAUUCAACCUAUCCAGUUAAAUCAAAUCAAGAUAAAUCAUCAUUCGAAUAUAUUGGUGGCCAAAAUGUAAGAUUACUUAAAAUCAAAAAAGACCAACCAACUUGUAUUAUAGAGAAUAAAUUGGAAUACUCUGGUUCAGAACCUCAGCUUUUAAUUAAUGUAAAUGAUCAAUGCUCAGAUGAAUUGGGUUCAGUCUCUAUAGUUCCAGAUAUUUCAGGUUUAGAAGGCACUUAUACAUUAGGUGAUCCUAAUACACCAACUUCAACACCAUCUCAAACUCCAUCAUCAACUCCAUCACCUACUAUGCCACUACUUGUAGAUGGGUCUGCUUUUGCUUUGGGCAGUAGUAGCUCUUCAGGUGGUGUAUCCGCUGGCAAUUACUCACUCCUCUACACAAUUACAUCAGACUUUUGCAAAAGAAAUUUCCACUCAUUCAUUAAUGUUCCAUACUCUGAAUCUAUAAAUGUUUCGGUCACUGCUUGUCAAACUGUUCAAUUUGUGCCCAAAAAUUUAAAUCAAACCUAUAGUUAUACAAUAUUUAAACCAAACCAAGAAUCUAUCGAAACCCAUAAUAUUACAGGAACAUUUUCAUACAACUCUUUUAAUGAAUCUGGUACAUUUAUUUUACAAGUUUCAUCUGGUAGUUGCAUUAAAAACCACACUCUUUCAAUCGAAAAGUGUAACAAUAGUAAAUCAAAUGUUGGUUUAAUAGUUGGUUUGGUUUUAGGUUUAGUUGCUCUGGCCACAAUCAUCGCACUUGGUAUCUUUUUAUACAAAAAAAGAGUAUCUGGAACAAAGGUCAAAGAUGUUGCUCCAAUUCAACAUGAAUUAAGCACAGUCAAAUUUUAUCAAGGCGGCAAAAUUGUUGAAGCCGAUAAAUUUUAA